AUGGAGGUCAUGCCUUCGAAAUCUGGGGUUCUGAAAUUUUUAAAGAAGAUGGCUCACAGACCUCGUUAUUCUCCUGAGAUGUCUAGUAGUUCUUCUCCCAAAUCUGUUUUUCAGAUCACUCGUAAGCCCCAAAUUAUUCACAAAGGUGUUGUGAUUCGAGAAAUUCCAACUCCUGUCACUCCAACAUCCAAAAAGCGAAGGGCUAAAGACAUGGCUAAAAAUAUUACAAAGAAGAAAAAGGGAGUGAUAGUUGAAGAUGAAGACGAAGUUGUACUGGAUUCACCUAUUCAUGAUACGAUUGUUUCAUCACCAAAGAGAGAUUCUCUAAUUCAUCAAGUGAUCCAUCGAAAACAUCUACUCCUGAGAAGACUACUGUCAUACCACCCGGAGUGUCGAAUACCGAAUUAG